UACACAACCAACUCCACACCAAUAAUUUCCUCACAUAUUAUUCAACAAACCUAAAGAAUAAAGAGAUGAAUCGAUCAAAAUUCAACACAAUAGAGAGAAAAUGUCAUCAAAAAUUUUAUGUUCUUCACCAAGCUACUAUUGCUUCAGCAGCCAAGAAAAUUGCAUAAAUACUCGAAAUUCGUCACACUUUCAUCCCCUCCCUUCAAUCGAACGUGCCCACAAAAUCGAUCUAGCUCGUGAUUUCUCCAAGUCUAGCGCAAAUUAUGGGAUCAUUUCAACAGCUAUUUUGAGGCCAAGCACACGAAUUGUAUAUGUCAAAGCCUCAGCUUCUCCAAACAAUCAUUCGUCUUCAUGGCCAAAAUGGGUGAUUGGAUUACUAGUCACGGUGAUUCUACCAGCUGUAGGGUACAAAGGAGGGCUAUUUGCACUCCUUAAAAGUAAGAUUGACAAAGCUGUAGAGGUAGUGGAAGAGGUGGCGGAGGUGGUGGAGGAGGUGGCGGAGCAGGCUGAGAAGAUCAUGGAGGAGGUGGAGGAGAAGCUUCCGGACGAUUCGAAGCUGAGGGAAGCACUAGAGUCAUUCGAUGCACUUGCUAAAAAGGCAGCCAAUGAAGCUAAGAAGGCGGAAGAUGUUGUACACAAGGUGAAACUCGUGGAGGAAGAGUUGGAAGCGAGCUUGAUAAAAGCCGGUAAAGAUCAAGCGAAUAAAACGAUUUGAUAUUUUUUUUUCCUUUUUAUUUAUGGUUAUCACUGAUUAUAAUGGUGAAUUAUUCACCAAAAUUUAAACAAUAGUAUGAAACAAUUUUAUCUUGUGCAAUAUCACAGCAAAAUCCCAAUUUCUUCC